AAUAAUUUCAAUGUUUAUAUAAGUCUCAAAAAAAUCAAAUCUGAGCCAUUACUUUUUUGAAUUCAAGUAAUGCGAAGACACGUUUACUAACAAAUAGCGUGACACUUCCUUUUCUCCUUCAUUUUGUCAACUGAGAAAACUCCCGAGUAGAAGUGAAAGAAGCCUGGACCGAGUUAGUUGCGCGAAAACAAAAUGGCGGAAAAUUUGUCCAGUCGACAUUUUUGACAAAUUUCGUUCACAAGAAAUUUCCAAGAAUUCUGAUCAUGUAAUGGCCAUUUUCCUCGUUGGAAAAUGGUAUUUUCUAUGCGAAUCGUCAACAGUGAUUUCUAUAUCGCAGCUCCGAUCCCCGAUCUCGAUGUCUGUAAUUCUACCUUUCGUGAAACUGCCAUCAGCAAGGUUCCUAUUAUUCGUAUUUACGGCGCUACUCCGAGUGGACAAAAGACGUGUUUGCACGUUCAUGGCGUCUUUCCGUACAUAUAUGUACCGUACGAUGGUACACAACCAUCUGACAAGUACAUGAAACAGCUUGCCGUCAGUGUGGAUUUUGCAGUGCAAGUCUCACUUGGUAAAGCUUCUUCUUCGCGACAACACGUCUACGAAAUUUCCCUGGUGAAGGGAAUGUAAGUGUAUUUACUCUUCGAGAUCAUAGCUAAGUCUCCUUAUAAAAUAAAUAACAUCUGAAAAGCCCCUGAAAAAGCAAAGACGUGUUGUUUACAUGUAUGGACGAUGUUUGUGACUCUGAUUGAUGUAGGUCACCCCCGGGAGGUCGCCCAAAUGUAAAAGGAGUCCAGAUUUCGGAAUUUGGUCAAUUUUUGCUUGUGGAAUCCGGAAUACUGGAGUUUGGAAUGCGGAUUAAGGCUCAACGAUUCCGGAAUGCCACUUAAGAUUGGAAUCCAAAAAUAUUUAUGUCUUAUGGACAAAGACUGGAAUCCAGUACCUGGAAUCUGGAGUCCUUGGUGUGGAAUCCCGUAUCCAUAUCCGUCUAUAAAGGAAGAGAAGUAUCAGCCCUAAACUUUUUCUCCCAUAUUUUCUCAUAAGUUUUGAUGCAUAAAGCAGGUACUUCUAUGUCAGGGGAUGAAGGAGGGAAGGGACAGCCAUUACAAAAGUCUAGUAGACCUUUUAAUCUGGGGUGCUCUUUAAGCUACAGAGGUUUCACUGAUCAUUGUCUUGUGUUUAUCUUAUAAAAAGAGUGCAUUUAUAAGUGGACAGAGAGCUAGAUUGGUCAAGCAUAAUUUGGCAAAUGGCAGAGGCACUUUCUGUUCAUGUCUGGGUGUAAUGAAAAAAAAAAAGAAAAGAAUACAUCAAAGGACUGUAUCUUUUCAAGAAACACUUCACCCAAAUAAGCUGUAUGUAAUAUUUGAACUUUAUAGCAACAAUUCCAGUUUUUAUUACCAACAUGGUGAAUGCUCAUUGAUUUGUUGUUUUAAACCGAACAUUAAUAGCUAUAGAAACUUUAAGUCUUUGCUACUCUGUAUAAUGUUUAAUUUAUUUCUGAAUUUUAGACCUUUCUAUGGUUAUCAUGAAGGAGAAAGGGACUUCUUAAAGAUCUCGUUGUACAAUCCAUUUUUAGUAACCAGGUUAGUGAGUCCUUAGUAAGUACAUGCGUCUUAUAAAGUGAACAAGGUGCUGUAGUCAUACCUCUACUGUGUAUGUACAAUUAUACAUUGUUUUUUGUUUCUUUGAUUUUAGGGUUGUUAGCCUCCUUCAGAAUGGGGCUGUUAUGAAUAAGGUUUUUCAACCUCAUGAAGCUCAUAUUCCCUAUCUUUUACAGGUAAAUUAAAUUAGCAUAUUAAUAAUAACUGAGUACUUAAUAAUAAUAAUAAUAAUAAUAAUAAUAAUAAUAAUAACAAUAAUAAUGCUGGGAUCUGUGCGAAUCCUCAGAAAGGUGUUCAGUGUAUGAACAGAAUGAUUGACUUGAGUGACUGAUGCUCUAGGUGCAUGGUUUGCACCUGGCUGAUGCACAAAAAGAACACCAGCAAAGACUGUGAUAAAAGAGAUAAUAAUAAUAAUAAUAAUAAUAAUAAUAAUAAUAAGUAAUGGUAACAGGACUGAGUGGAAUCCAAUUCGGUCUGUAAUCAUAUGAGUGAUUAACAAAAUCGGACUCCCGGCAAAAACGGGAUUUGUCCAGUCAAAUCCCUGGAUGGCUGGACAUUUUGUAAGGUCGUUUCGAGCUAAGAUUCCAGGUAGGACAGGCAUUUCUGUGUGACAGAACAUAUUCACACGCAAUUUCAGGUCACGUGUAUUACAGCCAAUGAAACCACAGUUCCCCCAGCCCCAGUUUGCCUAUCAUGGUACAUGCUUGUGCACCAGUUAUUUCACAGGUAUCCCAGCUAAAUCUGGGGAGGUGCCUGAUGAGAUUUUUUUCUCCAUUUCCAGUUUUUAAUGGACUACAAUCUUUAUGGAAUGAACCUACUUCAUGCAUCAGCAGCAAAAUUCCGAAAUCCUGUCAGGCUUGUGGAUGGUGAUGGUAUGUAGAAUAAGAAUUUAGGUGCAACUACAUGAAGUUAAUUUUUUCUUUCUAUUAAGUGGUAGCCCCAACUAAGUUAAAGUUAAGUGUUUAUUGCAAAUUAUCAGCACAAUGAACCAGGAAAAAAUAUUUUUGUAGCCAGUAUAGGAACUUCAUAUCCUUAAGUCAUUUCACUCUUCUAGGAGAGGCUAUAAUGGUGAAAUCCCUUGCUGAAACGCAGAGGUUUAAGUCUCCAGUAACUUUUUGUGGAACUCCAAAUCAAAUUUGGAAUGAAGAUACUGUGCCAAGGUAAUGUGUGAAGUGGUGUACAGUUAUGCAAAUUAGCACAAGGAACUAGAAUGGGAAAUUUUAUAAUAGUUCUUGUAGCUACUGCAAUAAUGUUAUGGACUGCUAGUGGUUACCGGUACUUACUGUUUCAAUUGCAAACAAGGAAAGCCAAUAUGAUGAAUAACUGGCAUCCAUAUGAGCGUAAUUUUAGUUGAUAUAAAAUCAGAGAAUUGUACAAAGAUGUGUUAAUCAAAUUGAAAAAUAAAAUUAGCAGCAAAAAUAACAAAUAAAUGAAUUCCCAUGAUCACAGCCAAAUGGUAGAUAUAGCAACUGAAAUCAUGCAAUUUGUGAAACAAAACUUGCAGUUCCCUUAAACUCUGUUAAGGUAACAAAAUCAAAGACAAAAUGUAACAAUUUAGUUUUGUUCAAAGGUCACUUUGAAUCAACUUACUUCUUAGCAAGUUUCUUAAAUGUCCUUGCUCUGAAUAUGACUGUAAUUUUGGUAGGAGCUAAAUGUAACAGUGAACACUUUGAUCCUUUCACUGCCACUGUUAGCAAAAACUAAACUAUUGUGGGCAUGUACCUUUUUCUUACUAAUGUCAGCUUAAACUUAAACUCUUCGGAUUUUAUAAUUCAUUGACUUUGUUAACACCCAUUUGUAAUAAGUUAAUGAACGUUCCGUUAUGAUGUCAAUCUCAAUGUUCAUGUGUUUUUGAUAAAUAUUGAAAUACAACAUACCUUAUUAUAGAAGAUUAACACUUCAUGAAAUUAAAAAUUUCAAAAAUUUGUAUUAAUUUAAGUUCGCAUUAAUUUUUGUAAAUGUUAAUCUCUGCACCCCCAUUAAUUAAGUGGACCAUUAACUUCCAUGACCUUAAUGUCAUUUUACCCCAAAUUCUUGAUACAAUUUUAAGAUUCUUGACACUUAAGAAAGAGUUUACAUUUUGGGAUGAUAUGUUUAACUUUGUUCCUGCAGUUUUUCCCUGUUGUUUCAACAAGUUUUGUUUCUUUGUGAAGUUGCUUUAAUUUCCUCCAUUUAAAUCACAUUACUUUCCAAUAUCUUAAUUUCAUGGAGCUUUAAUUUCCUCUAAUAAGGUAAUAUUGUGUCUUGGCCUAGGAUUUUCUGAAGAUGGUUUAUUUUAACCCAUGGUCAGGGAAGUAAUAGAAAAAAAACCAUUCUGACUCUUAGUCUUCCAGAAACAUGUAACUGGAGCUCAUAAAAAUAUUGUUUCUGAGCUUUAACUUACUAGAUACUUGUUAAACUGAAAUAAUGACUGUUCAAAACAGUCUACGAGAAAGUAAAUGCAAUCUUAGAGUAAUAUUUGAACCCUUGGUUGCUUCUAAUCUGUCUGAUGUCUAAAAUGAUAGCAACAGUGUUUAUUGAAUUCAAACCUGGGGUGGUCCAUUACCUAAAAGAUAUAUGUGGCACUAAGGAGAAUGAUUUUUGAACUCUUUGAAAAAAUUGGGUAUAGAUUUUAUGAAUAAUCCUUGUGGUCUGAAAUAGAGUACACUUUUUUCUUUUAUUCAUCUGUUGCUUGGGCUGUGCUUUUUAUUUAAAGCCCUUUUCAGUUGUUAAUGCACAUUGGCAUUCCUUGUACAGCAGUUGUUAAAAAGCUGGGAUUUCAUUCAGAGUGUCUGUGUGUCUGUGUGUGUGUUGCAAUGCUUUGGUCUGAAAGAAGCAGUCAAAUUUUGGUUAAGCUCUAAAAUAAAGCUUAUUUUGCUGCACACCCCCAACCCAAUUUUUAGGGAGUACCUGGCCCCCUCCCUGAUUCAUACUUGAGCGUUGUUUGAAAGUGCUUAAAGAUCAUUCUUAAUCCAACAACUUUAAUCAUAUGGCAUGAAGGGCAAAAAGUUGUUAGCAUCUCAGGAGAAUUAGCCUGCAUGCAGACAUCUCCCCGGAGGCUACACAUGCAGAAGAUUCCCAGUAAGCAGGCUACAAGAAAAUAGAUUUGCAUGGCCAUAUCCUUCGUUAUUUUAAUCUUGCUGAUUUUUACAGGGAAUGGAUUUUAGGACCUGAAGUAGAAAGAGUCAGUUUUUGUGAGUUGGAAGUUGAUGUUCUGGCCUCUGACAUCCUUAACAAGCGGGAAAUAGGAGGUGCAUUUUGUCUUAUGAGAUGGAGACCGUUUACUGUAAAUUUAUUGAACUUUGUGAAGAGCUUGAGACUUGAGUACAAAUCCCAACAUACUUUGCUCAUUUUGAUGUAAUGUUUUUAACUGUUGUUACUGAUAAUGGUCUGUUAUAAUUCUUCAAGCAAUUCCUCGUACCAUUAAAGUUGUGAUAAUUUAUGACUUUUGACCCUUUAUCUCCUGGUAAUCCUAACUGUUAUCUUUUUUUGUAAUAUUAAGAUUUUUUUGUAUAAUUUUGAAUCAACUGAUUUCAUUUUUAGUCAACCUUGGCACCAACCCUGGCUUGGCUGCUAUCUGGGAAGAUGAACAGCAGCGACGUCGGGAUGCAAAUGAGUCUUCACAAAUAUCAGGUCCAUCAUCACAGGGUUAGUAUUUCAUGUGUGUGUUAAAUAAAUAAAUAAUUAAUUAAUUAAUAAAUACUCAAUAAUACUACGCUGCCCUAUGGGACUUUUCAGGUUUAAUAUAACAAAUAAUUCAAAUAGGGUUAAGAAUCCCAAGUGGCAGAACUCAAGUGCUAGUAUUUUUUUGUUUGCGUUAAAUAAUAAAAAUAAAUAAAUGAAAUAUAAUAUAAUUGAAAUGUAGUUCCAGGCUUCAGAGGCUGUACAUUGCUUUAUUGCUACAGCUAUCUGUUUCAUAUGGCCUAAAGGCAAUCAAAUAAAGUGAUGUAUAGCCUCUGAAGCUUGGAACUACAUUUCAAUUAUAUUAUUUGUUGCUCCUGAAAAGUUGAACACUCUUCGAAAGUUAUUCUAACCAGUUCAGAAAAUGUAAACAAAAUAUAUUUGUAAAUGAAUUAAUUAAUAAAUAAAUUAGGUAAUUAAUUAAUACUCAAUUAAUACUACCCUCUGCCCUGAUGUGGCUUUUCAAGGUUAAUAAAACUAAGUUUAAGAAUCCCAAGUGGCUUCAAAAAUUUUUGGUCACAGUGGGAAACUGACUGACCAUGGCUAUUAUUGGUUGGUGACUAGAUUUCACCUUGGAUGGUAGAUCUAAAAAGAUGGUUCUUCAACGGACAAACUACUUUAGUAAUUAAUUUUGGACCCUGGGCAGUGACAACUCAGGUAGUUUUAUAGGUUGUCGGGGUGGAUGGGGAGAGUAUGUUUGAUGGGACCUUUGAUUUAAAAUCGCCACCUGGUUAGCUCAGUUGGGAGAGCGCUGGUCUGCUGAGUGGGAGGUCGCAGGUUCAUACCCAGGCCGGACCAACGCUCAGGGUCUUUAAAUAACUGAGAAGAAAUUGCUGCCUUUGUAAUGACAUUUGCAAAUGGUUAGACUUUCAAGUCUUCUCGGAUAAGGACGAAAAACUGUACGUCCCAUCUCACGGUACUUUCACUGAUUUGUUCUUGUGGGAUGUAAAAGAACCCACAUCCCUAUUCGAAAAGAGUAGGGGUCACAGACCCCAGUGGUGUGGCCAACCUUUACGGGUUGUGGGGUUGGAUUGGGUAGGGAUGGCACCUGUCCUCGCAUGGGACCUAAGACCCGUUCGUUCACAUUCCCUCUGGGCAGGCCUGUGUCCAGAAAAGCUGGUAACUAAAUAAAUGAUUCUCAUUUGUUCCUAUCGCUAUUGGGCAGGUCUUUGUGGGCCCAGUAAAAUAAUAUUGAUAAAGUAAAAUAACUUAUUAUUGUAAUUACAGAUAGAGGGCUGAUUCAAGAAACUGAAACAGAGAGGAAUUUAAAGGAAAGAAUCAAGGAGAUAAUUGACGAACGUGAUCUUCUGAUGUAAGGGAAUGCAAGUUUCCUCAGUAUUGAGGUUUCUUUAGGCCUUACGUUUUACAAGUACCUAGAUGUAACCUUGACAUGAUACUAGCCUGCAUAGCAAGCGUUUCCAAUCGAGUUACUUCGUGAAAUUUAGAGCGGGAGCAAAAAAAAUGGAAGGGGGAAGGGGAGGGGAGAAGGGGGGGGAGGGGUGUCCUUUUCUCUCCUCCCCCUCGCCGUCUUCCUCUUUGUUUUUUGCUCUCGUCUCAACUACACAAACUCGCGCGGAAACGCUUGCUAGCAGGCUAACGUGAUACCGACAUGAUACAACUCUGACUCUGAAGAUGUACCCCACAGAUUGCUAAUACACCAGUCCCUGUUAACAACACUCCUAUUCAGGACCACACUCAUGCUCCACCUACUUGAGAAAUGACUCCUGGGUUCAAACCAUUCACCGAUUUACAUAUAAUGUAACAUUAAAACCUGGAUUGAAAGGAUCACAAAGCUCUCCCUACUGAGACAUGCAUCUUACUAUAACGUGUGCAUCUCCCUACUACAGCAAUUUCCUGAGUGAAGAUCAAAAUAAUGAGUAUAUGAAUAUCAAAUAUCUUCAUAUAUUCAUGACAGUAAAUUUCAGCUUAUAAACCCUGGGCUUAUACAACUUUGUAAGGCAUUUUUGGAGGGCUUAUAAACGGAAGGGGAGGCUUAUAUCCAGGGGACUUGUAACUGGGAUUAAAAGCGUUUCAAAACAAGCUACAAAGCAAUGCUGAGCAGAAUACUUUUUGAAUUAACUCGCUUUUUUAAGCUUCAAAGCGCUGUUAAUAAUCGAAUUCAUUUCAAUACAAGCUUGAAGGGGGCCUUAUAUCUUGAGGGGGGGGGCUGGGCUUAAAACUGGAUGCAUUUUUGGUUGUUUACAGGUAAAUGGGCUUAUAACUGCAGGGUCUUAUAAGUGGAAGUUUAUGAUACUUUAUCUUCAUUCUUCACAGAGUAUAUCAAACUAACUUAAAUGACCAGCUCCUAGUUGGCUUAUCAGCUCAAUUGGUAGAGAGUUGCACCAGUAUCACAGAGGGUUGGAUCCUGUUUACCUGAAUUCUUAAUCCUUUCUUUUUUGCAACUGCAAACAUUGUGUCUAAAACUGCUAUGCUGUACUUAGUGCCAAUCAAUUCAUAAGACAUAGAGUUCUGACCAUUAUAAUGUGGACAUGUUUGAAAUGUGGAUUGUGUUGUCGGUAAUAAGGUUUGUAGAAAAAAAAAUCAAAUUGUGAUUUGUUAACCCACAAAACAUUUAGGAGUUCUUAAGAACUCGUUUUAAUUUGUCAGUGCGUUCCAGAUCGAAUUGGAAUAUGGAGGUAUUGGUUUUUUAAGGAGAUGGGAAAAACGGAGUACCCAGACAAAAACCUCUUGGAGCAAGGGAGAGAACCAACAACAAACUCAACCCACAUAUGGCGUCGGCGUUAGGAUUCGAACCAGGGCCACAUUAGUGGAAGGAGAGUACUCUCACCAAUGAGUACCCUUGCACCUUUAUGUUUGACUGUAUGGGGUAAUGGUAACACACAUUUCUCAACUGGGUAACUGUAUAGUCUUCAGGCACAAAAGCUUUUCUAUUGUCUGUACUAAUUUUAUUCUCAGACAAAGUCAGAUGGGAAAACUUGGACGAGGAGCAUUAUCUCCCCAGGAACUUGCCUCAUUUCAAGAUUCUAUCUGCACACUGGCUGCUGCAUCUCAGAAAGGCAUGGCUGCUGAUGAUGACUCAUUAGAUGCUGAUGUCAUGUCACAGUUGCUGUCGCAGCAUGUUCAAGGGACGCUAGGUGAAGGUGCAGCAGCACAGUCAUCCCAAGGUAUGUAAAUGUUAAUGGAAAUAUAAUAUUUGUACCCAUCUCAAACUCAUUAAUUAUUCAUGCAAUCAAGAGUCAAUAAAUGACGACCAUUUGGGUCAGGUGGAUGACUCUUGAUACCUAAUGAAACAACAGGUUUUCAUCUGAGAUCAAAUGCAUUUUAAUAAGAUGUUUUAUUGAUUAACACAACUCGUGGAAACAAUGCAGUACCAGAGAAAACAUGUAACUGCAUAAUUUCUUACUGCUUCAUUUGAGAAGACAUGUCAAAAACUCGCGCUUUGUUCUUCAUCACGGGUUCCAAACACCUCGAAACAUAUUACACAUAUUACAUGAAACACGGAUGAAAUGCUAUCAAGUGGAUAAGUGUUGUGUUAACCAAUAUUAGCGACCUUCAGAUUCUAGGACGAAGACGACUGUAAAGACGAGAUUUAACUUCAGGUUUUUUCGCGUCUUCUUGAAAAAAGACGCCCCAGAAAGCGUCAUUGUACUUCUUUUAACCAGAAAAGUCAGCACGGUUAUUUUUAUUUAGGGACGUUAAGCCUUCUCCUAAUCGCAAAAUGUUUCUGUUUAUACUACGACAUUUUCGCUAAAACUCGUAGUCGAAUGACGACGGCUAUCACGUUUCCCGCCAAAAUGACGCUCGUUCACGCGCGAGCACCACUUCCAUUAUUGACAAAAUCUCGUUCUCGUAACAGUGCUUGUCUCAAGACUUUAUGUAUAUUUAGUCUUGUUCGGGAGAAACUUUAUUAAAAUUGCUUUUUGGUACGAUUCAGUUUAUUGGUUCGACGCGUCCUAAGUUCGACGUCUGACCCAGCAGAUGAUCUUAACUUGAUUUAGGUCGACCCAACUUGAGUUUGAUUCGUCUCAUGAGAGGUUCGACGUUUGACCUAAGCCUUACGAUCUAAAAGUCUCUGUUGUAUGGCAAAUGACAAAUGACCCAGUGGUAAACCUACAUACCCUUAGAACAACUGGGGCCUGAUUAGGAUGCGCCAAAACGUAUGUCGGAUUGUCCGGGACAGGUAGAAAUUUAGUUCGGACUUGUAAACCUCUGACAUGACUUGUCCGUGGGACAAGCACGUUUUUAAUUAGAAAAAAUAAAGAAACAGUCUAAAAUUGUCUUCAAAUUACAGUAGAAUUAAAAUUCAUCUUAACAAGUAAGCUUAAAUAUUCUUUUAUUUUCGCCAUUCCACUGUCAUCUCAUUUUUUGUCUUUACGAGCUCCGUUUUAAGUUAAAUAAAAUUUACAAUUUAAUGUGAUUAAAAACAAAUGCCCGAUUGUAUUUGAGCGUCAAGUUUCGAGUUAAACUUUUUGGAGAAGAACUCUUGGGUUUCUGACAACCAAAUUUAAUAUAGUGUUAGUCCGAAGGACAAGGACAAGUGGAUAGGAAAGUUUUUUCUCUUACUCUGCUGAUUUCUGGAAUUUUUUAUUUAUGAGAUGGGAUGAAUGGGGUACCCGGAGAAAAAUUCCUCAGAGUAAGGAAGAGAACCAACAAUAAAUCACAUUUGAACUCUGGGGCAAACUGAUCUUGGGUCACACUUGCCCAGAUCAGUAGAGAAGCAAGGAUUGACACAGUUGGUUAGUGUGCAACCUUCUGUGCCAAAAGUCCCGGGUUCGAUUCCUAGGUUUUAACUCAGUCUGGUUUUACCUCAAAUCCUUGGUUGGAUCUCCUUCGUACCUACUCUGGGUGCCAGAGGCGCGAGUCGCCGAGGGGCGAGAAAAUGUUCUUCAACCAGCAAUUCAGCACUUCGCUUAUUACGCUUUCGCCGCUGGUGAGCGAGAAGACCUCUUGCAUUCAGGGUUCAGUCUAGCAUGUGUAGAAAGCGUUUCGUUCGUCGGGAAAGUUGGAACGAAAGCGAAAAAUAUGCGGGAGGGAAGGGGGGAAAAGGAAUCCUCUUCUUCCCUCCUCCUUCUUCCAUUUUUUUGGUCUCACUCUUACUUUCGCGCAAUAACUCGAAUGGAAACGUUUGCUACGAAGUGAUUUCUACGCGGUACCGCCUGAGACGAACACUUCGCGUCGGCGGUAAGGACGUUUUUUCUCUGUUGUUUGCAGUCAUUGUUGAUGAAGAUGAACCCGUUGUCAAUCAAAGUAUUGUGCAAGAAGUCGUAGAAGCAAGCCAGAUUUCCGUGUCACCAGAUCUAUGUAGGUUUGAUUAAUUUUGUUCUACUUUAUUCAGUUCAAUCGUUGUUACAGGUUCUUUUGUUAUGCUCUUCUUUUUUGUUAUAAUGUGAGUAAUAACUAACAAAUGAAGGUGAGUGAAAUUCAGCAUUGAGCUUAGCAUCGCUCGCAACAUUUCGGAAAAACGGCUCCUGCUAAUUUGUAUCUCAUCAAAUAACAAAAGGAUGGCAACACCCAACAGCAACCAACAUCGCGUUAGCAUGCGCGCAGACGAAAAAGGAGGCUUCAUCUUUUGCAGUAUCUCACUUAGUAGAGAAACUAAGAAUCUCGUUUACGACAAACGGCAAACGGUAGCUUCAAGUUGACAAUAUUCUCAAAAUAGGAAGGGGAACAGAUAGAAACUGUACUAAUUCUUAUGCACGAGCUUGACAUGAACAGGAAACUGUAAUUAAAGGGAAAACUUGGUCAUCUGUGACAAAUUGACGUUUGCUUGUUGCGGUAAAAGUGAUUCUAAAUCUCUCUAUUGUAUCGGCUAACGUUGUUUGAGCUUGCGCGGGGAGGAGAUAGGAGACGAAUUAGCGCGUAGGUUACAUCGCUAGCAGCAUCGCUCACAAUGUCAUAAGCAACAUCGCGCAACAUCGCACGCAUUAUCAUAAGCAACAUCGUGAGCAACGUCGCACGUGUUAUCAUAAGCUACAUCGAGCACAUCAUUGCACCAUUAUCAUAAGCAACAUCGCACGUAGCAUCGGACGCAUUGUCAUAAGCAACAUCGCAUAAAACGCACGCAUCAUCAUAAGCAACAUCGCGCCCAACAUCACAUGCAUUAUCAUAAGCAGCAUCGCGCGCAACAUCGCACUCAUUGUAAUAAGCAGCAUUGUGCGCAACAUCGCACCCAUAAUUAUAAGCAUCAUCGCGCGCAGCAUCGCACGCAUUAUCACAACAAACAUUAAGCGCACUAGUGUCGCAGUGUAUGUCCACCUGCAAAUUCUGGUAAUUGUUUCGGGGCACGACACUCGAUGUUGCUUCUAUCCUUCUGAAUUUUCGUUUUCUUAAUUCUACUCAACCAAACCGGUGGCACCAUGGAAAUUUUGAGGUACAGUGUAGGUAUACUCAUUUGUGCAGAGUCUAACUCUUGUAUAUAUAUUGUAGCCUCAACCAUGGAUAAAGACAUGAUUAAUAUUUUGGCAAGUUUGGCAGAAGAGUCCACUCAGCCAGGCAGUCAGAGAACAGCGAGUCAGAGCAUUAUACUUGACACAGGUACGAACACGACGUUAUCAUGCUUAAUCGGCCAUUUAUACUUGCACGUUCGGCGGGUUCCGUGGAAACAAAAUGUUCAAAAAAUUUGUCCCCACCCGUGUAAACGGGAUCUUAUUUUUGCACUUAGCCUCAUUUUGAAAGUGAUAGUUUUUGGAACUAGGAUUUGGCCUAUUCAGGUCUUUUUAGCUCUUAAGCGAAAAGCUAUUUUCUAAAGUGGCUCCGUCGUUAUUAGAAGCACACUGAACUAUGACAAACUUUGUCCCGUAACUUCUUCUUCGGUUUUAACGCCAGCGAUGGCUAUAAAACUUUGGGAAGACCUUCAGUUAUCAUUUGGCAAUAAUAUCAGUCAUUGCAUCCCUCACUAUUGUAUUUCUGUUUCUAUUAACUAAUUCCUGGCCGCUUCUCCUGAGAUGGUGCGAACUUUAAGAUGGCGGCUGAAGUCUUUAAUUUCUCAAAUGACGAUAUUCAUUAAAAUUUCAAAGUGGUACUCACAAGAGUAAUUAAAAUUGAGUUUACUAAUGCUCAAAGAGAAUCUAGUCUAUAACGUUUCCCUGUAAAAAUAUUUCAAAACGCGAAAGUCACAGCAAGUGUGUUUUUGAAGGGGAUUCGCUGUCUGACGAGGAAGCUAAAGAUGAUGAAGACCUUAGUGAGGCCGAAGAGUCGAUUGUCAUGUCACAGAGGGUCUGGGACGAUAUUGAACACCACUCGCUGGGAUCUGGGGAGGAACAAGUGGCAGAUGAACAAGGCAAUGGGGAGGCUUCCCAAAGGUAACAUCAUUUCUCUAGCGUUUAAGGGAACCCUUUUUUUUGUCUCUAGAGGAUAUUGCUAUUUUAGGUCAAUUCUGUGCUGAAGUCAUCACUUAUUACCUCUACCCACACACAAAAUACCGCUGCAGAGUUUUAAAGAAGAUAGAGCGAUUUUCGUAUGACCUUGAAAAAUGGUUUCGUUAAGUGUUCGUUAUUUGUUUUAUCAGCCAAUAGAUGAGAAGAUCAAAACAUGGACUCUUCGUUUUCGCGCCAAAGAAAACCCUAAUAUGGAUAAGGCAUUGUUCGAUUGGUUAAUCGUGUUGCAGUAUGACGUCAAAUCCAAGUAUCGAUUGAUUUCUAGAAUAUUUAAAGCAUUGUCACAUUCUAUUUUACACUUUUCAAGGGCAAGGAUGUAACACCAAAGACAAUCUCUUAUGAGAGCCCGCGAAAAUAAAUUUUAAAUUUCAGAGGAAUUGAGAAAACACAGGUAAAUUCGUCAUGCGUAAGACUCCAUUUAGUGAAAUUUGAAGCUUUUGAAGUUUGUUUUUUGGGCUCCCAUAAGAAUAUUUUCUUUGGAGUUAUUUCGUACAACUUAUUACAUUUAUUGCCUUUGAAAAGUGUCAAAAAGAAUGCAAUAUGCUUGAAAUUAUUCUGGCACAAGGUUUUUGUCCACUGAAAAUUAAAAUUGCUCAAUAUUCCAAUUGGAUAACCUCUUAAAAAGAUAGCAAUGGAGUAGCCUCCCACGCAAACGUUCUUUUGGCUCGUCACGCAAUCCUCCCCAACCCGGGGAAGGAACGCGCGACAAAGCCCUAAGAACUUCUGCGUGGGAGGCUACAAAUGGGGUGACAUAACCCCUUAAACGUGUUUAUAGGGCGUCUCAGUUCAACGUGGAAGGAAUGUCCGAUACCUGGAUUGGAUCGUUCUUAGAAGUGGACAUACCUCAGUUAGACGGAGCGGCGGAUGAAAGCUCCGAUGGACAUGAGGAAUUUAGAAAAACGCGGAAAAGAUUAGGCAUGGGCAGAACGAAAACGAGGUCAAGUCGAUUAAUUAGUGAAAGUAAAAAAUGUGAAGUGUCCACCAGGAAUGAAAUACCUUUGACUGAACCAUCACACUCUGAAGCGUCGGAAAAAAACUCAGAUCAUGGUGAAAGUGCUAGUGAAAUGGCUUCAGAAUGCAGUGAUGCUUCUGAGGAGAUAAAACGGUCUGUCGGCGAAGAUGUUUGGCCUAAAAAAGGGAGGGCCAUUCGAACCUAUUCAAAAAGAACCAGAUCGUCAUUGAAGGUUCAAAAGUCACUAAGAUUAAGUGAAGAAAAGGAUCAAAAGAUGGAGGAAGAGGAAGUAGUUGAGUUUAAUACUGAGGAGGAGGAGAAACCGGACCGUGAGGACACAUUCAGGUUGUUUUUAAGUGAAUCGAGUGGUUCUGAAGAUAACACAACAGGAACUAAUUCAGAGCCAGAGAAAAGUGAACCAUCUUCGAGUGAGCAAAAUCGUAACCUUGAUGUCAAGGAGGUGAAAGCAAGAAAAUUAUCUACAGUGAGAAAAGACAGAAAUGCAGUGAGUCUAAUUUUGGCUUAGAGGAAGAAACGGAAGUGGUGAAGCAGAAAGAUCUUAAUCUUGAAGUGGAAAAAAGUGACCAGAUAGAAACCUCAGCUGCAUCAAACGAACGGAUUACGUCUUAUGACGAUUUUCCAGAUAUGACAAAACAUAUUCACAGCCAUGAGAAAAACCUGAAAGGUGGCGAUAAAGGACAAAAAGUAGCAAAACAGUGUUUAAACUCGUCUGUACCGUCAACUUCACAUAAAACACUCGGUUUACUUCCUAUAACAGAGGCAGUGCCUUCCACUAGCUCCUCAGUGCAAAUAUAUUCGCGUAGACUUACUCUGCGUAAUAGAAAACUAUCCGAUGUAGAGAAGAAAGAACUAAAACUUGGUAAAGGAAAGGCAGCUUGCGAGAAUAAGCGGAAAAGUGAUUUAGUUUCGCCCUUGAGAGCCAUAAGCGGAGCUAUGCCAAACUUAAGAGUGUCCGUAGAGGAUGUUUCUCAAUCACAAAUGCUUGACUCAAAAUUUAGCGAAGCUCGCGCUCGUUUGAGGCACAAUAGAGAAACGCCGCAUCAGAGCUAUACACUUAGCGUAAACCAGGUUUUGAAUAGUCCGGUUGCAAAAGAGAGACCUUCGCUGAAACCUUCUCCUGUGGUAACGAGAACCAAAGAAAGGGCUCUUUUGUUAAAGAGGACUUCUCCAAAACGAAAAGAGGAGAAAAUGAAAAAAUACGGAACGCUACCUGUCGUGAUUGCCAAGUCACCUAAAAAGAGUCCCGCUUAUAAUAGUCAAGGUUCACAGGCGUCACCAGGAAACCGACAAAUUGGAACUGACACCCUUAUACGUACGUCGCAGAUUUACGAGGACUCUGCUGUUUCGACAGGCGUUUUCAGCAGUGUACGGAAAGGAGGAGAUGACACUUCGGGAUCUGCCUCGUCCCGAAGUCGCACGCUCGGGUCUGUUGACAACAAUGAUGAAAAUUUUCAGCGAUUUAUGGAGUUUCCCUCAUCUGAAACUCCUUUUACAUCUGUUACAUGUUCUGAUGGUGACGGGAAAAUAUCCCGCCACAGAACAGGAUCAGUCCCGUCCCGCCAAGUAUCCCUUAAAUUGACCAAUACUCGUCGGACCUUUGAAAGAAAAGGUCUCAAAAGGAAACUUAAGGUUGACUUCCACGGACAACAAACACCUGUACGUGACUUGCCAGGCUCUGGAAAGAAAAGAAAGCUUUCAUUAACACUGAAAGCAAGUUCAAUUUCUGUUCCAAGGAUGGAUGAUGUUAGUGAAACUCGUGUUACUUCGGACGAAGAAUACGUGGUCAAAGAGGGAAAAUCUGUUUUUAAAGAUCAAGACAAUACAUCUAGCUCUCUACAAAUUAAACAAGCUAGGAUUGACACCGUCUCCGAUGAUGGAGGUUCAGGCUUUGACGGAAAAAAGGAGUUUGCUAUGGACAGAAGUCUGUUGGAUGUCAAUGUAACUUGUGUUCCUUCAAGCCCUGGAGAACCUAACUCGGGUGAUGAAGUUUCCCCCAAAUGUUCUAAGUCUUCUUUGGCCGUGACUGGCUCCGAUUCCCUCCCUGGCUUAACAGAGGUUUGCCCUUCGAACAGCAAAUCUCCAGACAUUUUAAAGAGCCAAUCUUUUGCUAAAAUGGGACUGAAAACAACAGUUAACGUAUCUAACGACAUGGAGCUGGUGUCUCAAGAAUUUGAUUUUCCCAAUGAAAAAGAUACUGAACUAUUGGCUAACGCACUGUUUAAUAUGUCUUUCCCGUCACCUCUCCCCUGCGUAGAAGAAUGUUGCUCUCCCCCCUGCCCCUCGUCACCGCUGAAAGCGAACUGUCAUGAAUGGAAAGGAAAUCAAGUUGUAACUGUUAACAGUAGUUGUGCUGAAGAAGGCAAUGCAUUGGAAGUCGAAGAAGCGAACGAUUCUCCUGAGUUUUCUUAUUUAGACCAAGUUCAAAGACUCUCAAUCUAGUCCCGUAGUUCACAGUGUGCUGGAAGGAUAUGUUGUCGUUCCCACUGGCCCUCAGCUCGGUGAAACGCAAUCUCACGGCGAUAACACCGAAGCUGAAAUAACAAAUUAUGUCGGUCAGAGAAUUAGUGAAAAAGAAACGACAGGCCAUGAAGAAUCUUUCAAACCACACAGAAUCCCCAUUAACAGAAGCGACCCUCGUUCGAACGGAGAAGAAUUUUUGGAGAGAAAAGAUGCGAUAGGGGGAGGCGAAGACAAUUCAGAGUCUUCAAUUUCAGGGAACAAUUGUUGUAAACGUGAAAAUGUUACUAGCAGCGAAUCGAAUGAACCGCUUGGCUUAAUGGCUCGAGAUUCAAUCGUAAUGCCGCCAUUUGACACUGAAAUGACUCAUUUACCUGAUCUUACUGAAGCUGAGGAACCAAGCAAACUAAGUUUAAAAGAAGAAAAUUCGAUCGUCACACGGCAGUUGUCAGCGGAAGGUAAUUCAGACAACAACGAAAUGGAAAUGUUCUUUGGUGAAGGUAAAGAGGAGCAGGUCGAGAAAACGUCCUCCAAAAUUCCAAGCACCGAGAAAAGUGAUUUUGUUUUCAAACUAAGUUUAGAAGAAGAAAAUUCGUACGAGGGACAACCACUGUCAGCGCAAGGUAAUGCGGACGAAGUGAAAAUAACCUCAGGUGAAGGUAAAGAAACACCGGUCGAGAAAACUUCUUCAAAACAACUAACUAGCUCUCUUGGUGCUAAAAUUCCGACAGAAUCCUUGAGAGAUUGUAAGGAGCAAACCUUAAGUAAAUUACUCUCUGCCUCUGCGGGCCUCAGUGACGCUGGUAGCAGCAGAAGUCGUGUUGUCAUCAAACCUUUGAAGGAGCCGCCGAGUUCCGAGGAAUUGCUGAACUCACUGACGAAGUACGGGCUGCCACACUGUAAAUAUCAAGAGCCAUUUUGCAGUAACCCGGAUGAUAUCCCAGCAUUGCCCAGGUCAGUUAAGUUCAACUUUACAGGUAGUUAAACCACUAGGACUCCAUUUCAACGCAAAAACAGUCAACGAAGUUAUUGCUAACAUGACAGGGUCUCUUUUAAGAAUUAUUUUUGAUGUCAAGGUAUAUUUAUAAUUUAUCUUCAGUUUUCUACGCCACACACCAGACUCCGCGGGAAUUGCUCUUAAUGCAAAUAUAAGAAAAACAAUACGACCGUUUCCCGCCAUUAAAUUCUGAGCGGGCAACAUUGCAAAAUCUAUGAUAACAGCAGUGCACUGUUCCCCUCCAAUUUUGACCGCUCGCUGAGUUUUACCUGCUCAAAUUUUUACACAUAUUUAAGUUUUUCUUCGUGGGCUGUAUAACAAAUCAGUUAUUGACUGGUCCCUCAAGAAACAAGUCAUUUUUUUCUUGGAAUCUCAGCGGUUUUUUUAUUGAGAUUCCUCGGUAAACAAAAUUAAUAACUGUUUCUUCGAAACAUUCAUUAAGUUUUCAAUAUGCACCGCUUAAACUCUUUCAUUGGUAACCAGGAUACGAAUAGGUUAUUUUAUAGGUUAUUUUAGCUCGUAUUUUCCAUUAGAGGUAGAAACGAGUUGGAGCCUCACCUCCAAAUACCGAUUCAUUUUAUUUGGAAGUCUAAACUGGGGCAGUUUAUCAAAUUUAAGUACUUUUUUCUACUUAUUUAUGCAUUUUUUCCUUGAAGGGAAGUAGGUGGAAUAAUUUUGAGGAUCGAAUCAAAGCAGGUGGGCAUUUUAAAACUAUUUUCAAAUAACGCAAUAAUUUUACGAUGUAUGUCGUACAAAGCCGUUUUCACCUUUAUGUCUUAUUCACGUAUUGGCAGGUAAUGUUUUUUCUCUUAUGUUGCUAAUGGUUUCCCUUUUCAGCCUCUCUUACUUUUUAUGCCUCUCGUUUUGCCAAAGGUUUCCAAUCUACCAGAAUUUGAAUCUUCCAGUUCUUCGCAAGGCUUAAAACACUGGAGAAUGGUGAUGUCCUCUACUCGUGAAUUUGCUGUUCAAAAUAUCUGCCAAACUAUGGAAGAUGCAGCUAGCAUCUGCAAAAAUGCAGAACUUAAGAUUGCUUUGAUGGGAGAUGGAGAAGUUGUAAUAACACCAUGUCGAGACCCGCCUUCGCUUGAGUCGGUGAAGGCCUGGGCACGAACUAAACUCGCCAAACGGAGUAUUAAAGCUCUCAAGAAAGUAGAAGAUAAACCGUUGAAAAAGCAAGAACAAAUAAAUGAACCUCCAAAAGACCUGAUAUUGGUAAACGUUGAGAAGGAAUUGGUUUCAGGACACAAAGAAAGUGAUGUUAAAGCUUUUAAUGUUUCUACAACUGAACAGGGUCCGGUUACGUUAUCUCCUCCCGCUCCAAUAGAAACUUUACCAGAAGUGACGCGCAAGGUUAGCAGUCAACCUGUGCAGACAGCGCUUGUUCGUGCUGAGGUUGACAAGCAAAAUGUUAUGGAACUUUCAGACUCCUUUAGCCCAGUGGAAAUCACUAGUCCUUGCAGCUUGUUUUCACCAAACGAGGGGAAGAUGUUCACAUUUGCCUCUGGGACUCAUCCAGGAAUGGAGAUUCGCAAGAGUCAUGACAAAGGUGAGAAAUUAGGAACUCAGCCAAAGGACAUGAGAUGCCGUGACCCUGAAGCAAAAUUCGAAAAAGUUACUGUUACUUUCGGUUCAUCUUCUGUGACAGUAACGCCAUCCAUAUUUCGGUCUCCUGAACAAACUCCUUCGUCGACUCACCAACCGCUGACACCUUUACUGCAGACGCAGAACUCAGUGUUUUCUGGACCACAUCACAGCACACCUGUUGCGACGAAGUUAGUUUACGGUGUCCAAUCUCCUCGAUGUACUCCCAUUUCAAAUGCCACAACUCAAAGAAAGAGACUGGAUGCUAAUGUUGAGACAUCUGGAAAGAAAACUACUCCAAACCAGGCCUCCACGGACCAGACUCCGUCGCUAAGGCAACAACUGCUUGCCAGCCAGUUUAAGGUAGAUAACUUUCCUUGCCUUUCUUGUAUGAUGUGCAAAACAUAGAGCUACAGUGUAAAUGCUAUUUGUGCGAGUUGACCUUGUUUUGAUACAGCCUUUCCUACUUUCUUGUGUGAAUCUCGUUGUUCUUAUGCUAACUAGUAUUUUUAAGCUUAUUUCCACAAGAAAACAAAGGAGGCUUGUAUCAAAACAAGGUCAACCUCAGCCCACAUUCAAUGGAAGGCUAGAUUACUAAGCCCACAACUGUAUAAAGGUUUAUAAUUUUACGGUAUUAUCAACAGAAGUAAGUAAACCGUUUCGUUCCACCGGCUUGCCUCAAUGGCGCAAGGUUUAGCACAGUCGGUUGGUGUGUGGCCUUGAAUUUCAAAGCUAACUUUAUAGUUUAAGUAGAACUCCAAAUUAAAAGGAAAAACACAGACAGACUUGGGGAUAAAAUUGCUCAUGUCGUGGAAGAACUAAAACAGACAAAGACUCAAGGCUCUUUUUUGCACUGAAUGGAGUACUUGAAAAAUAGGACACGUGGUUUUGAAAGUCCUUGAAAAUUCUUUGAAUCUUUGAACACUGCUUUCCAUAUAGCUUUAAACAGCGUUAAAAAAGCGAAACAUUGAUGGAGAGAGGUGGGUCAAAUGAGCGCAUCGUCGGGCCUCAGGUUUGUCAGUUUAAGUACUGUUAUGAGUUACCGACUAAAAAAAAACCUUACCGUUACGGUUUACCGUGUCAACAUACUGAAUUGUUAAAUCCGCACCCAGGUUCUUACUUUGUUUUCGUUUUUUAACUUGUCUCUAGUUCGUCACUCCAGGUGCUCCACCAAGGCGAGCAAUGCCAUGGAGCUCACAGAUCGAGGGGCCUUCUCCAAACAAUACUUAUGGUUUCAAAGUCCCUCAGAUGAACCUACAAGAUGCCAAGGCCCUUCAUGAGGUACUUUCUUGUUUAAGACAAUCGGUCAGUAAUUGAGUCGAAAAGAUGGCUAUAUUGUUGCCUUAUUCCAAACCUGUAUACUUGGCUUCCGGUCACAGGGCAGUUACUACUACUACCUAUCCGACGCCCCCCCCCCCCCCCUGUAAACACUGCCUUGCUAUAACUAAGAAUUUUUCUUAGUGAGUAAGUAGGGUAAUUAGGGAAGAUACCUCAAAUAUGUAGAUCCAACCCUCGCAAUGUAAUUUUGGAGUAUCCGUUUUAGUCAGACUGGAUAUUUGACAACAAUAAUGAAACAACGCAAGAACGUAAAUAUGUCAGUUUUAAAGAUUUAACAACAGAAUUCAAAGGCUUUAGAAGUUCGUGAAAACAGACUCACACGGAGAUGGAAUUGUGUUUAAUGUAGCUACUAAUUGUUAUUCUGUAUGAAUUUUCCUUGUAAUUUGUCAUAUCACUGAAUUUACAUGCGUUAAAUAUAUGUUGUGGUUCUAAAUUUUAUCCUGGUUUAAAUUUUAGCUUCUCUUUAUGUUAAGGACGGUGGAACGAAGGAAUGUUAAAUUAAAAACACGGGACAAAACUGAAGCACAACAUGUAUUCUCAGAAAUGCUAAAUCUCCCACUCUGAAAAUCUGUGGCGUUUUGUUUCUAGUCCCGUUUGAAAUCUCGGUUAUAUGUGUUAUCAUUUUUUAGGUACAACAUCUAACACUGUUUAGCUUAGAGCUUCAUGUAAGAACAAGGCGUGACGUAAGACCAGAUCCCGAGUUUGAUCCUAUUUGUGCGAUAUUCUACUACAUUCAAACCGAUACUCCACUUCCAUCUGGCAAAAACAAAGUCACAGGAAUCAUAUGCGUGGACUCAGAAUCCGCCAAAGUGUCCACACCUGGAAAAGGUAAGGAUGUGUUAUUUUUCUCUCAGGAACAAACAGAAAGAGCAAUUUGGGAGGUUUUUUGAACGGCGCUGUAAAACGGACAUCUCAGUUAUGCCACUCUGUCUCUUUUGUUUCCAGUUCAGUAGAGAUUUCCGUGUGUAUCUUAGGAGCCUGGUUUCAAUCAUAAAUUUCCUGGAUAAUUAGACGUUCUACGGUAGUUUGCACAAAAGGCGUUAUUGGCGUUCGCUCAAGCGCGUUUUGGGCGCGGGUGCAAAGCGCAAGGCGCGAGAGGGAGGAGGCUAGAUUCCCUAUAUAUCUGAGUUGAUUUUUGACGCUUCUCCUCUUCUCGCGUCUGUAACGUCGCAAGCACCCAAGUGAAGAUAGAGUUUGUUGCCGAGGAUGCUGAAGCCAUUCCCCUCCAUUGAAGCUGCACAGAGCGUAAAGAGACGUCCGGUUGAUCAGAUGCGUGCGAGCGCAAUUCGCUGUACGCCUAAGCUCCUAAACCGCCUUUAACGUUCUCCUACGCUGGUAGUGGCUUCACGAGGCAGACUCUCCGUUCAUCGAAAGUGUUUAUGGACCGCCCGCAGAGAUGGAAGGGGCUGAGGCAACGUCGUUCCCAGGUUCCUUUCCUACUUCUCCCCUGGAACGAGAGAGGAUCCUGGAAACGGGUUUGGGGCCUAAGUCCGAAUGUUAGUAACUCUUAGAUAGCUGAUAGGCUGAUAUUUCAAUAUAAAAUAUAACAAAGUGUCGAAUUUUUUUUUUUAAUGAACAGACGUUUCGGGUAUAUAAGCCUUCUUUAGUGCUAAGAAAACCGUACUGAAGAAGAGUUAUAUACCCGACACGUCUGUUCUUAAGAAAAACAUUUGACCGGCAUUUUUCGAUAUUUUGAUAGAUUAUCAGUCUAUCAUCUAUCUAACUAUAGUGUCAUCGCAUUUCCGCUAGCAUCUAUUAAGAACACUUAUCUGCCGUUGUUAGUGUUAUAAUCUGUUUUUUUUCUUUCUACAUUUUUAUGAAGUUCCAAGCCAAGUGUUUUUUUUAAAGUCUAAUUUCUGAAUUGAAUGUCAAUUUUUCCUUCCAGACACCAAAGAAAAAAGUCUUUACAUCGCGGAGGACACCACUAAACGCUCGCCCCACAAAGAUGCAGUUGCUUCUACAUCCACCAGUAACACAUCUAUGUCAAGAACGUCUCAAAACACCAGCAUGUUUCACUCGAGAACACUUAUAUCACGAUCAGGGGUGACAGAUCAUGAGGUCCAAUACAUUGCUGAAGAAAAAGACCUUUUUCCUGCUCUGCUCCUCAUUAUCCGCAAAUGGGAUCCGGAUAUUCUGAUCGGCUAUGAGGUGCAAAUGUUUUCUUGGGGAUUCCUUCUUGAAAGGGCGUUGACUUUUGAAAUUGACCUUUGUAGUCGGUUGGCUCGAGUACAAGGUUCAUCUUCUGACAGCAACAUGGACGCGGAAAAGGAUAGAUGGGGCGCGGCGCAUACUUCCGAGAUAAAAAUCGCUGGGCGGAUAAUUUUGAAUGUCUGGAGGCUCAUGAGACAUGAGGUAGGGCCUGAAAGGAGACAAGAAUUAAAAGAUGUUCUUAAAUAGUUCUAACGGUAGUUAGGCGAGCAGAGGUAAUUGCAUCUCCAUCAGCGUCGACCUUACUAUAGGGACCUUACGAAACUUUUACAGCGACGGCAACAGCAACGUCUAAAACACAAUAGGCUUUAUAAGCAAAAACAACAACUCUGCUCGUGCAUCACGCUUUUUGUACAUUUCUUGCCUUCCUGCACAACUACAACGUGAAAUGACCAAAUUUUGAGUUCACUUGAGAAUGAGAACAGCAGGGCGAUAAAUUUUACUAGCUCUCUCUGAACUCGAACGCGGUCCCUUCUCUUCGAUUCCAACCUAACUUUCCUACUUUUAAGUAAUUAGGCGACUUGAUAUAAGGACGAAAAGGUUUCUAAGGACGCGAAGUGUGUUUUUCAGCGACGCUUUCAUUGGCGUCACCGUUGUCGGAUCGUGAGGUCCCUUAUCACCCUUCCGAACAGGCCUUUUGUUACAUUGCGGAGAACUCAAAAUUUGUAAGUUUGUAUUUGUGUUAGUGUUUAAAAUUUGUGUAUUUUAAAGUCUUAUCAUUGCAACACAUCAAAUAAAAAGAGUGGCAGAAGGAAGUCGAAAAGACUUUUUGUAAAUUAGAGAACUUUUCACUCUAAGACGAGGACGACUACGUGUACGAGAUUUCGUCAAUACUAAGUAGUGCGCGCGCGUGAACCAGCGUCAUUUUGGCGGGAAAAAGCGGUAGCCUUCGUCAUUCUACUACGAGUUUUAGCGAGAAUGUCGAUGUGACGGAAAAAAGUUAUGUCAACUAUCAAGUGCUAGGAAAUUUUAUCAUUUUGCGCCCAGGAGAGGGGUUAAAGAACCGCGCUAACUUUUCUGGUGAAAAAAAUACGAUAAAGUUUUCUGGGGUGUCCAUUUUUUGAGAACACGCGGAAAAACUUCAUGUUAAAUCUCGUCCUCGAAUCUAAUGGUCUCAACUUGUCGGCAGUGAAAUGUACUAAGACUGAAAUCCAUACAGAAUAGCAGGAAUUGUUGUCCUGGUGUAGUUGAACUUUUCGAACUUGCUUGUAAAUAGCUAACAGGUUUACCUCUCCUAAAAGCUGGAAUACUUAACCCUGUAAAGUUUAUUUGGAUUAUUUGUUUUGGUUAUUUUCUUCACCCGUUAGCCUUUGUGCUAUAAAAACUUUGUGCGAAACAAAAAUUUUGUUACCGUGAUUCUAUUCCACAGGUUACGCUGAGCAGCUACUCGUUCGAGAACAUAGCGUUUCACGUUCUUCACGAGCGCAUUCCUUUGUUUACAUUCCGCACUUUAUCGGAUUGGUGGGAUCACAGAACUGCCCUCAAUCGUUGGAGGACCAUCGAUCAUUACGUCAGACGUUGCCGUGGUAACGUUAGGAUACUAGAGGCGGUGGAUUUUAUUGGUCGGACCAGUGAGCUAGCAAGACUGUUUGGGAUAUUAUUCUUUUCUGUGAUAUCUCGUGGAUCGCAGGUAUUUGAGAUGUUAUUCUUUAAAACUCCAUGUAAUCAGUGUCUGAAAAAUAAAGUUUUUAUCAUCUUUGGCGUACUCACUAAAGAAGCUCAGUAUAGACUGUUUCGCUUCUUUCGUGCUUAGCAAACCUUCUGGGUACAUCCUUAACUCAAAAGUACAGAGCUGCUGUGGCGUUGACUAUUUGUUAUGGCUUGUCAGGUAUUAGGGAUCUCUUUCGAAACUACGACGGCAACAGCAAUGGGAACGUCCUCCAAAUAAACAAACAAACACAAUAAUGUUUGGUUUAGUGAGUAAAACAACAUCUCUACUCUUUACUGUCCUCAUUCAACUACGACGUAUAGUAACGAAAUUUUAGAUUUUUACAGAAGGUGAAGGGCAAGGUAUUAAAUUUUACUGGAACAUGCUGAGCUCGGACGUGAUCCUCACUCUUCAAUGAAACGAACGAGUCGGAAUAAUCGCGAAUGACGUUUUCGUUGGUGUCGCCGUUGUUGUAUUGUAUGGUUCCUUUUACUGUACUGCGAUCAACUUUCAUAACUUCAUGUGUGUUGAUUUUAGUAGAUAUCCGUUUGUUAGAGCAGCAUAUAUUAAGUGAUUUUGAUAUCGAUUGCAAUUAUUACGUCCUAAACUGAUUGCCUCAUUGCAAUUGAAAAGCUGGCGCUUUCCUCGGAACUUGUUUAAAAUUGUAGAUUUUUUCUCUUUUAGUAUCGUGUUGAGUCUAUGAUGUUGAGAAUAGCAAAGCCAAUGAACUAUAUCCCAGUUUCUCCGAGCGUGGAGCAGCGCGGAGCGUAAGUAUUUGACAGGAUAUUGUAGUAACACACAGAGGUGAUUGAUUGGGUUUAGAUUAGCAAAACAAAACUUUACACGUGCAACACCCUUUUCUGUACAUUUAUUUGGUGAAACUGCCUUGAAACAGCGUGAAUUCACUUUUUUAACCGGGACGUUUUCGCCACCGUCCUCUUUGUCGUUGCUUAAGCUCCCCAUUGACUUCAAAUACCCGCGGAUGCAAGUUUUAUCUAAGUAUCUUGAGGGAAAUCCUUAAUUCAUGUAUUUAUUAAACAAGACGAUUUUUGUUUGUUUAGCUUUCGAGCGCCAGCGUUGUGUUUUUAUUCUCUCAGAAUGCGUGCUCCAGAAACCAUUCCUCUGGUCAUGGAGCCGGAAUCCCGUUUCUACAGCGAUCCAGUCCUCGUCCUAGAUUUCCAGUCUCUGUACCCUACCAUGAUCAUUGCCUACAACUACUGUUUCUCCACGUGCCUGGGGCGAGUUAGCUGCCUGUCAGAGUAAGUAGCUAGGGUCGCUAGCGAGUGGAAUUUUAGUGAAUGAAUUUAAAUUAUUUCCCACGGUGAAAUUCAGUACCGUGAGAGGAGAGGAAGCACGACUUUCAUCGCAAUUGACAUCAAACUGUUUAUUUCCUUAGCAAUCUAUAGAAAGUAGAACAUACGUCCAGGGUUUUCUUUCUAUAAAUGAAAGAAUUAAGGUGAAGAAACUCUCUUUUCUUGACCAAGGCCCCGAUUAUAUGGAAAAUGUUGUUCCGGCUAGAAAGGUCACUCGCUUACCCGAGCUAACCUUGGCGAGCCAACUUUUCAUACAUUUCCUUACAAACCUCGUGAACCGUGUACAUGAGAAACAAAACAAUGGCUCGACCAAAAGGGUGAUAUGAUGUUAGGAUCAACCGUCUAACCGGCCAACUUUUCUCCGUAUAGACACUUUGCCUCGCCCGGCCGGAUCAACUCAGUCAAGGCGAGGCAAUCAGAGCAUGCGCGAGCGCUGAUUUAGACAAUUAGAGCGUUUGCGACCGCUUUCUUAGACAAUCCGAGCGCUGAUUUAGACAAUUAGAGCGCGCGCGAGCGCUGUUUUAGACAAUUAGAGCAUUCUCGAGCGCUGUUGGCUCGGGCGAAAGGGUCAAUUAGUUUCUCGUAUAAACGCUUAACUCGGCUUGGAGGGGGACCCAUCUACCGGGAAAGGUUUUCUCCAUAUAAACAGGAUGUUAGAAUGUUAUCUCAGGACACUAAUUUCCUGGUUUAUUCUGUAGGUAUGGUGAGUUUAAGUUUGGUGCAACUUCAUUGUGUGUUCCACCUAGUCUUCUUAAGGUACAAUGCCGGUUCUAGUUUUUAAACUACGCGUCUGUCAUCUUUCAAAAAUUAAAUUUCGAAAGUUUCAUCGUUAAUUAUAGCUGAAAACUAUUGUGCUUGAGUACCAUUUUGCUGGAACGAAAUUCUACUGCUUAGGCCACCGCUGUUCAAUUAGUGGUUGCCUAACUCUAAGUGCUGGAGGGUGUUAGAAUGAAUCAUUUUGAGCCGCAGGGGAGCUUUCGUUUGAAAUAGUUUGGUGGACAUGACACAGGACGACAUUUCCUUUUUCUCUUUCUUAACUUGCAUGCAGCCCUCGAGCAAUCAAUACCACCACAGAAAGUCUAUAACAAUGAUGUUCGUUCUAACGCUGUUAUUUUAAAAUCAAAACUAUUAUUUUUCACCUUCUUCAGACUUCUAUGUUUUGAUGCAGAAAAAUAGAAACCUUAUGUUGUCUUCUAAGUUUCUAGUUUUCUGUUUUCAGUUUUUGUGACGAACUGGUUGGAUGACUCCUCCAAGUUCGCGAAAUAAACGUCAUUGCAUUUGUUUUAUUUCUAGAAACUUGAAGGUGACAUUCAUGUCUCUCCUAACGGCGUCGCUUAUGUCAAACCCAGCGUUAGAAGAGGUAUACUUCCCAGGUAAUUAUUUUUUAGCUCGAGAAAAAAGCCGACAUUGCACUACCCAGAUAUGGGUAGUGCUUCUCAUUGGUCGUGUCGUGAGAGAAAUUGGCUUCAACCAAUCAGACGCAUUUCCCAGAUCUGGGUAGUGAAUGUCAUCUGUACAGAAUUUCUGCAUUCGUUGCUCAGACGUCAUUUGGGUGCGAAACCAGUGGUGACUUUGCGAAAUGACGGCUGUUUUCCCAUGCUAAUUUUUUUAAUGGACUAAAUUUUGUCACUAAAUCAAAGCUGAAAGUCAAUUACUCAUCAAUUUUGUUUUUCAACAGCAUGUUAGACGAGAUCCUUCAAACACGAAUCAUGGUUAAGACAUCAAUGAAAAAGUGGAAAAAUGACAAGGUGUAGACUAUCUACUGCUAAGUAGCUUUCAUUUUUAAGGAUUCUGUCCACAGUCUGAAAAGGUUAAACCCUUACUUUACAGUGCAAUGACUGAACAGUACUGCAGACCAAAAGAGUUCAAUAGCUUUCACUUUAAUAUUAAGGAAUUUAAGCACGGAUUCAAGGCUAAAACCGCCGUGAACAGCAUGAUAAACAACAUCACAAGAGAGUACUGCUCGGUAACUUUUAAUCAAUUUUGAAAUUUAUCUACGGAUUGGGAAUAAGGUUAGAGCCACUUUCUACAGCGAAUAUACGACACGAUGAACGAGAAAGUGCAAUAGUAGUCACGCCCGUCGCUCUCAGAAGUGAAGAGGUUCUCUGCUAAAUUUGAAGGAGGUGUUUUCAAACAUAACUAUUUGUAGACUGUCAUUGACUGUCCUCUAUUUUAUUUACCAGUCUCUUGGGCGGAUGUUGGACGCGCGUCAGUUGGGUUUGAAGCUGAUUGCAAAUGUGACAUUUGGAUAUACGUCGGCGCAUUUUUCUGGUAGAAUGCCAUGCGUUGAGGUAAGUAACUUCCUUUUUCUACUCUAACUGAGCACGCUGGAACAAAGAACAAAGUUGUUCGUUAACUUUCGACAUUCCACUCAAAAGUGUAACGCACUAUAUAUACAAGUUUGACAUAUAUGGAUGAAAAAAAGUCGUCGACAAAUGAGGACGUUAUAACCGUGUCGUUAUUAACCAUGAAAGUGAAGCAGCGUGAGACAAAAGAUGAAACAGAGAAUUAACUCUGGAGUGGAAAUUCAACUGCUACAAAUAACCCAUAAAAUCAACUGAGCGUUAGCCGCAGUAAAGGGAAUUAGGAAACCACACAAGGCCAAGGAAAAGCCUUUUGACGUCGUUGAUAUUCGAACCCACGACUUUCGGAUUACUGUUGUUAGUUUUGGACUACCGACCAAGCUACGAGGCCUGACAGAAGCAUGUCGUGGGCAAUUAAUGUGUAGGAUCGCGGCGAGGAAAGAUAACCAAUGAAGGGUAGAUAUAUCAGGCCUCGUAGCUUGGUAGAGCAACAGUUAAUGUAAUCCACCGAGGUCGAAUGUCGUAGUUUCAAAACCCAGCGAAGUCGCAAGACUUUUCUUUGCCUCGUGUGGUCACCUAAUUCACGUUAUUAACAAUGUCCAGGCAACAUUCGCGAUGAUGCAAAAGAGUAACAUUUCAGUGGAUGAGGUGCACCGGUUUGUGAAAGGUUUCCGGUGUUCAUGUUUAUGAGUUCUGUGUUCCGGUGUUUCUGUGUUCCAACGUUUCAUGUCUUACUCUACCGGUGUUAUGGUGUUCCGAGUUUCGUUUUUACAUAUUCCGGUAUUUUGGUGCUAUCUGCUCCAGUGCACAUUACUUUCUCUUCUUUAAGUUAUAAUGUUGAAGGAGUGUUUAACUCCGUAGUGGCUGGCAAAUUUGUCAGAUAUUUCCAACCAAGCUGGCGUUCCACGCGUUUUGUUGCCAGAAAGUCCAAAUCACUUUUCCUUUUACUGCUGAGAAAUCAUUUCUGCGUAGGAGCGGCCUGUUUCCAAAAAGGUUUUUUAUUCAAUAACUGAGCGAUUUCUCGCGCGCUGAUUGGUGGAUGUUCGAUAAGAUUACAGACCAUGGAAAUAACGUGAUGGUGGCAUAAUUGGUUUUUCUCUUUCUCUCGCGCGCGAUUUUCCGUGAAAUCUGAACGGAAAUGGACGUCGAAACUGUCAAUAGAGAGCUAUAGUUUUGAGGACGACAACAAGUACGAGAUUUAACUUAAAGUUUUUGCGCAUGUUCUUCAAAAAAUGGCCCUGGACAGCUUGAUUUAACUUUUUUCACCAAAAGUUAGUUCGGUUAUUUAUACUAAAGGAGGUUUAAGCCCUUUCUCGAUAGCGAAAUGAUAAAACGUCUUACAUUUGAUAACUUGUUCUCGCCAGUGCGACAUUCUCGCUAAAACUCGUAGUAGAAUGACGACGGCUAUCACGUUUUCCCGCCAAAAUGACGCUGGUUCACGCGUGAGCAAUACUCGGUAUUGAGAAUAUCACGUACUCGUAGGCGUCCUUGUCUUAGAAUCUAAAGCUCUCUCAUGUUAUUGUAAAAAACAAGUCUACAGCAAUUUUCCAUGGUCUGUACUCUUAUCGACCGUAGAAAUAACGUCAAAAUGUUCAAAACUUUGCAGUAAAACCACUCGCCUGCGGCUCGUGGUUCCACUUGAGUUUUGAAGAUUUCGACGUCAAGUCUACGGUCGAUAAGAGUAUCCAUCAUGGAUGAUUGUUGUCGGUUUGCUGAUUCGCUUCUCAGAAAAAUUUUGAUUCGUUUUCUGCCUUUUGGCAGUACUUAAUCUUGUUUUCAACGAUGUUCUUCUUCGAAGAUCAUUGAAAAAGAUGUUGCUUUGAAUUAAUUACGUCGAAAGGGCGCAGCUCAUCGAACUUUUCUCUUUUUUCGACGCCACGUUAGCUUCCCCCUCCCUUUUUUUCAGAGGGCUUUCUUUUGGCCUGGAACUGUUAGAGUAAAAACACACGUGUAAGAACUUAGUGGUUUUAAAACCUGCUAGGCAGACAUUUUCCAUUUUAAUUUAUUUUUCUGGUGGUCAACAGCUUUAUCUCCUUCAUACAAAACACGAACCUAGUCUAAUUCUACUAAGCCUAAAUUGCCAAUAACUACCCAAAAAUACAAGAACCUAUUUUGCUGGACUUGGAAAAAUGUGGGUUCUAACAGGCGCAGGGUUUUUACUGUAUCUGUUUUUCAGCCUUGGUAAAUCACGUGAUGCGUGGGUAAAUCACGUGAAUGAUCAUGCAGUGAAAUCACUUAGCUGCCCUCCCUACCGGUACUGCCGCUCACACUUAUACUAAAUACUAGUUAAUAUUUUAUCAGAACCUUAGUAUUUGUGAGAAAAUUUGAUAAAAGCAAUGCUUUAUACCUUAAUGUUGAAAAGAAAGUUUAUCUUUUUGUAGAUUGGUGAUAGCAUAGUGCGAAAGGCACGUGAGACCCUGGAACGAGCCAUUGAUCUCGUGAACAACACUCCGCGCUGGGGCGCGCGAGUCGUGUACGGAGAUACGGACAGGUAACACGCGUGUUCUUGCUAUUUUUUAGCCUCCCACGCGGACGUUGUUAGGGCUUCGAUUGCUUGACGAGGGCAAAAGAACGUCUACGUUGGAGGCUAGCUUUUUUACGUUGAGAAACCAAAAAAUGCAAAAUAAAAGUAAUCAUAGUCCAGUACUGUUCAUUGGCUUUCCUAUAGAACCACCUUGUGCAGCAAGAAGGUCAAACUUUCGGAUACAAUAGGAGCAAUACCUCUGGAAAAUACUGCUCAGUAGCUGUCGUUUUAGACGUCACACUUAAGGAUAUAAUAACAACAUCUCAGGAAAAUAGUAGCUGUCAUGUAUUUCGCUGGUUUCUGUUUUUGGACCAUCCACUUAGUCGCAAGGACACUUCCACCAUUUUUUUUAGCUCAAUAUGUCAACAGGCCCCAGCAAAGUACCCCUCGAUACCUUUAAUGUUAAUCAAUGCCAAGUGAGUUUUUACUUUGAACAGUCGCAAGAAAUUAGGAUUAUUUCAGUUAGGUUCUCGUCAGAUCUCUCGAGUACAUGCUGGACAAAAUUCCAAUAAUUUUCUAUUUAUUGUGCAUUGCAUUUUGAAGUAAUGUUGAAAAUGGGUAUUGUAUGCUAUUUUUGUAUAGGAAGCAACUUUGAAGGUAAUCCAAGAGUUUGAAUGAUCAUAGAUCUAAAAAAAGGCAUUUUAGCGUGACUUGUUUUUCUCGUAUUGAUCUUGCGAUCACUGUACGAUAAUCGACUCAAGUGGAGUAAUUUAUAAUGCAUAUGUAUUACGAGAUUAAAGGCAUUAUUUAGAGUAUUGAGUGACUGCUUGAAUGAUAAGUAUGCUAAAAAAGGGAACGCGGAUACCUGAUCAAAAAUUCUGCACGCAACGUUGCAUGUUGUGUCGUAAGUAAGACUAGAUAAUCUCAAGAAGGAUGAUAACGAAAGUCUUCAUUACUUGUUUCAAAUAUAAGUUCUGUAUUGAAUUGCUCCUUUAUUCGAUGAGUGCCAAGCAAAAGGAGAAAGAAUAGUUUAAAUAAAACUACAGAACAGUUUUGACAGAUCCACGGAAUACUGAUUUUGAAUUUAUUGUUUUUUCUUAACUCGCAACGUAGGCACGUCAGGGUCAAACCACGUGCAAUACAUGUGCACACGUACGGUGUAAAAAGACACGGAAUACUGGGCCGGAUCUGCAUAAGCUUCCUAAGCCUCUAAGAGCUUCCUAGGUUCAAGGGGUACGGGAAAAUGCCAUUUGAAAAAUGGGAAAAAAUAGCAAUGGGUUAAGGAGUUAUUGAUGAGGACAGGGUUUACGUUAGGUUUUUUCCCCCCAUUUUCCCUGUCUCCCGUUCCCCGUUCCCCGUUCCCCCUUCCUCCUUUUUGUACCCCCGCUGUAGAAUAGGCCUACAUCGCAUAAAUGUGGUCAAAAAUAAAUUCAGGUGUAAAUUUUCUUUAAAUCUAGGUUGAUUUUCAAUUUCCUUUGUCUCCUCUACUAAUUAUUCAUGAAUUAAGGCUAGUAGACAAAGAAAAUUGAGAAUCAACCAAGGUGAAAAAAAUUUAACCUGAAUUUAAUUUUGACCUGUAACAUAAACAUACAUAGAAAUUUUCUCCCAAGUCACAUCGUAAGAUAUAACUUUAAGUAUAUUGUUGUGAAUCUGUUCCUAAAGCAUCUUCUUUUUUUAGUUUGUUUGUGCUGCUUAAGGGCGCAACCAAAGAAGAGGCUUUCAGCAUUGGAAAAGACAUUGUUGACACUGUUACAGCUAUGAACCCUAAACCAGUCAAGCUUAAGUUUGAAAAGGUGUGUCUCAUGCAGAGGUUAAGUAGAAAAAUAACCGAUGAAUUAAUAAUUUAAUGUUUUGUCACCUCUGUGAGCAGUUGCUAACGAUAGUGUAGCAUUGAUUACAUUGACUGUUCACAGCCACUAUUUUUUAAACGCAAACUUAGAAAUAGCGAGUGAAACGCGCGUGGGGGAGAAGCGCGACAUACCUGUUCAGUUCGCGCGUUCGUGGAAUAAAAACACGAGAAAAAGGAAGGCUGCGAACAGUGUUACUUAAGCCAAUGAGAAGGUGAAGCUACCUUAGUGAGAAAAGGGGGGUUAUUCGCCCAAGAGCAAAAUUUUGGCCUUAUCUUGAGUUCACUUUCCUAGUAGCUAUGCAACUGCAUAGAUUUCAGCGAUUUUCGUGAGUUUCCCAUCCUUAUUGACAUUGGUUGUUGUUUUCCCAGACUUCUGAUUGGCUGGUUAUGAUUUAGUUGUGAUUGGUUAGACUGCUUAGAAGUUGGUUCAACAAUUUUCGGGCUUUCAUGAGUUUCCCGCGCUUUGCGUUUUGCCAUGCAGACUUCUGAUUGGCUGGUUACUCUAUGAUUUAGUUGUGAUUGGUCAUUGGUUAAUCACGUGAUAAGAUUUGAGUUUUAUGACCGUUAUUAGAGAAACAACCUUGUGUGUAAUUUCUGUUUCUCCUUUUUCCAGGUUUACUUGCCCUGUGUGCUGCAAACUAAAAAGCGCUAUGUUGGUUAUAUGUACGAAACUCUGGAUCAAAAGGAACCCGUAUUUGAUGCGAAAGGGAUUGAGACUGUACGGAGAGACUCCUGUCCUGCAGUAGCCAAGGUUUGUGUAAUCCAUAGCAAGUGGUCAGUGUCCUUACUCCUCUUGGCCUUGGUGCUUAAUCGGGCUAUGGCGGUCAAAUUAUUUGCUAUCUUUUUUAAAAAGCUGAAACGUGUCUUCUAAUCAACUGAAUUCCAAAAAUAAUGGCCCAGUUUUGUUAUUUGAGUCUAUAUUUUAGCGCUGAAACAGUUUCCUGCAAGGAUGGACGUGGAUUGAAACAUGAGAAAAUUGGGUCAAUUUUUUCAAGUUCUAAUGCGAUGCCUGCAAAAUCACCAAAAAUUUAUUACAUGAUGAUUUGUGCCCGGAUGAUUAAGUUUAUCCCAGGGUUAACGCAAACACCAAGCAAAUUAUUUUCUUUCUAAAAACGUGCAACUGUAGCUCCUAAAGCUAUCGUUGAGCUGAAGACUGCAAAUCAGCCUUUUUGCGUAGUAUAAGAACACGCGAGUAGUUAAACGAAAGGACUGGAGCUAGGGUGAAAACAAAGGGCGUCUUAAACUCACUCGCGCACCUGCAAAAAUCUCACGUUGACCCUUCGCGCUGUUUAACACCGAUUUUAAGAAAAAAAGCCGACUGUUUUGCAGUCCAACUGAUCCUUUAAGCUGAGAUCCAGUUAUGAUAACACAAAAUGAUACUCUAAACAAUGUACAGGAAGGUAUUUACAAUCAUGGAUUAAGAUUUUAAUCCCGGAUUACCGCUAAUCGCUCUUUCAGAAACGGGACUCUAGUCCAAAGACUCACUAUAACUAGAUUAUAGAUUUCGACGCACAGAGUGGGCUAGAAAAGAAUCAAGUGUAGAGGUUGAAAGUGUCUUAAAAUACCAGGUGGAGGUCAUAUCCUUUAAUCAGUGGAAUUAUCCUGUGGUACUAAAUGUUUGCAGGAAUUGAUUUUUGCGGAUGGAGAAUUUUUUGGGAAAAUUUUUGCGAUUUGUGUAGACUGGCUACGAACGUAACAACAAAAACAAAAAUUACAUUGAAACUCAACUGUUAAUUAUUUUUACAUAAUUUUACCACCCGCAAAACAGCUAAGGAAUUAAUCGAAGUGGGGGGAAGAAAGACAUAUUUAAUUUGUAUCAUGUUGCAUUACAUGGUGCGAGAAGAAUGGACGAGACAUUAAUGGCGGCACUUAACAUGAAAAGAUUCGUUCUGUAGUUAGAGAUCAGAUUUGUUUUAGUAAAUUGCGGAUUGAGUAUGCUAAUUGGUUUUGCCUGUACAAUAGUUAGAUACAGCCUCUGAAAAAAUAGGCUAUGUAGGGAAAGACAACAUUAGCAUGCUACAUGUUGUAUGCCCAGAUGAUGAGAUUUUUCUGUUGCGAGUAUGACCCCUUUCUUAGCAACAGUUCGCAGUUGUGUUCUUGACAAUCUGUUGUCAACGACUUCCCGCACUAACACACUAGACCAGUUGUCUUUUGCUUAUUUUGAAUGCACUCAAGACGGUUGUUAUUACUAAUUACUCCCUGGUUAUUUUUUGCAUAUUUUUAUGUUUGCACAGGACCAAACCAUCUGUUCGGUUUUUCGCAAAAAAGAAAUUGAAACCACAAAAUUUUGACGUACGAACAGUAAGCAAAUUUUUGUGUUGUAUAUGAAGAGCAGUGUUCUCCUUCUUGUUGUUAUACUGGCAACUGCAACCAGUUUAUUGCAUUGUCUGUCUAUGAAAGUAACAAUUGCUGUUAUUUUGCACUGUUUUCUAACUCUUCAGAUUCUGGAAAAAUCGUUGCGGACUUUGUUUGAGACACGUGACCUGUCUUUGGUAAAGAAAUAUGUUCAGCGGCAAUGUUCAAAGCUUAUGGAGGGACGCGCUAGUAUCCAGGACUUCACGUUCGCCAAAGAAUACCGCGGCAUGAAGAGCUACAAGCCUGGUGCAUGUGUUCCGGCUCUGGAGUUAACGCGGUAAGAAAGAAGACAGAGCAUGGGGAAUUAAUACCAUCUACUACUGUUGCUUUGUUUUUAGGGAGCUUUAGCAACGACAACGAUGACGGCAAGGUGAAAGACAAAAAAGUAAUUGGUUUUAUUAGCAAAACAACAACUUUGCACGUGCAUCACCCUUUUCUGUACAUUUCUUUGCCCUCACCCCACGUCUACGACCUGAAAAUGCCUAAUUCCACGUUCUAUGGAGGAUGUAAACAAGCGACGACGAAUUUUUCUUUCUCUUCCUAAACUUGAGUGUGGUGCCCAAUAAAUCCACUCCAAGGAAAUGCGCCUACAUCUGACAUUUUCAGCGAAUUGGAAUAAACGCGACAGAGUCUGAAAUAACGCAAUUCAUUUCAAAAGCGACGUUUUCGCUGCCAUCGCCGUCGUCGAUGCUAAAGCUCCCUAUUAUCAUCUUUUCUCAUCGCGCCGUGUGUCGCAUAUAUGGGCCCAAAAACAGCAUCAACAAUAGCGAGAAAGAGAUCUCUUUAUCUCCAUCCCUCAGAAAGGUUUAAAAAUUAAAUAUAAGGUCAGGACCUGUUCUUUGUCUGUUUUUUCUUCUCCUCAAACCAGUCUUACUUGGUAGAACUUCCAGGGAACUUAGAAUGUCAUCGGCAUAGCUUUUGGUAUCAAUGAGAAACUCAAGGUUCACCACCGCUUCAAAGUGCUGAUCUGACGUGAAGACAAUGAUCCGUCAUGCCCACUAGCCAGCUUUGAGAAUUUAUGAAACCUUCCUGUACACUAAAAAACAAGAUAUCUUCUUUUCUUAUAAUCCUGGGAGCGAAAGAAAGUCAGUGAAAGAGAUUGUGGAUUAUACGCGCGUAAUAAAUUGCGUGCAGUCUAAGCGCUGAUCUAAUGAAAGCUACCUAUAACUCCUUGCUUACUCGUUAAUGUGUCCUUGACCGGGGCUACCAGGAGUUAUCAUAAGAUUAUAAUUUCUCUAUUUUGUAUUUUUUUUCCCAGACGCAUGCUCAGAGAAGAUCGCCGAUCAGAACCCAGAGUGGGGGAAAGAGUUCCGUAUGUUGUGGUGUACGGUAGUCCCGGAUUACCUUUGAUUCAGCUAGUGAGGCGGUCAGUUUACACACCGGGUUCUUUUUUCUUUUGAUAAGCAUUUCAACGUACAGCGUAUAAAGCCCAGGGGGUACUCCCUAUAAUGGCCUAUACGGGGAGGCUCCGACCGAAAGGGGUACCUUUGUCAGGCUUCAGUUAUAUGGAAGAGUAGGGAUUUCACUAGUUGAAGUAUAUAAAAGGGUAGGGAAAUUUGUCGUUGCGGCCUGUGGUAGGGGUUACCGGUCGUUUCGAUACAGAGUUGUUUCGAUACAACUUUAUUCAUUUGAGGUGUAAAUAGUUGCACGUACUUGGCUUAAAGAACGAAGAUAUUUCCCCAAAAUGUUUUUCUUGUUUACUUGUAAACUAUGCUUAAAGUGAACUAAAUUUUGGUGCAAUUUCACUUCUUGAGUUUGUAUCGAAACGACGGGUUUCCGUGAUAGGACCUAAAGGGCUAACAGGUACAUUUUAUCGCUGUGUAAAACAGCAAGAAAACUUUCUGGGUUAGCGAUUUAUUCAUAUUUAAAAGACGGUGUAUUUACAGGAGUUAAAAAGGGAUGCAGCUUUCUAAACCAGUAUGUGAAAGGGAUACUAUUUGUCAAUGAAGGAUAUGCGAAAAGGGUAUCUUGUCUGUCUAAAGUGGUAUAUAAAAGGGUAAGGGGUUGGACCUCAGGGCGUAGCCUCUUUCGCACAAAAUUUUGUUGAGUACUCUUCCCCUCCACCCGUAGAGUUGCCAUGUCUUAGUGACUGUUUUUUGUCCACAGACCCCAUGAAGUCCUUCAAGAUCCCGGUCUUCGCUUAAACGCCUCAUAUUACAUUACCAAACAAAUCUUGCCGCCGCUCAAUCGCGUCUUCUCUCUCAUUGGUAUGGACGUAUUUACUUGGUAAGUGAACUCUCUACAUGCGGUCCAAAUCACAUAGCAAUACAAAUCUGUCUUGUUGUCACGUAACCAGGCCAAAGUUUCCGACGCUUGGCUAUCUUACAGUUGAACUACUCCACAACGGCCACCUUGGGGACAGAAUAAAGUGGCCGUUGUAGAGAGGUGGCCUUUGCGGAGAGAUGACCAUUAGUGGAGGUUCGACUGUAUUUUAUGAGCUAGCCAAUGCUCAGCACGCGUCUCGCGUUUCUUGUAUAAACUUGUCACAAUGGGGGACAAAAGUCCUUGAGACAGUGAUGCAAUACUCCGUUAUUGUCCGAAUUUUCAGCAUGACUUCAAAACGCAGUGCGGCUGUUUUAGAAAUGAGUUGCAGCUCCCCCUUUUCCACCCACUACAAUGUAGCCUGUUCCAAGCGUUCAGAUGUUGGAGUGCGGCACGAAGUCAGAGAGCGGGGGAAAAAUAGAGAGGGAGAGGGAGCCAGGGAGAUCUUGCUGUUCGUUUUUCCUGCUCACAUAUUUUUGCGCCGUCCCCACAAUCUUAACGCCUGGAACGGGCUAAAUAGAAUUUUCAAACUCAGGAAAAAUUGCGGAUUGCACGUGUUCAGCAUUGCGGAAUCUUAAGCAAAUCAUCGUUUUUGAACGACGAACGUCAACCUGUAGUGUACGUUAUACAUUCUUGGACUGUGGUUUUCCCCAAACGUUCAAGCAAAUCGUCUCUAUACCAGUAAAGACACUUAGCAAUAUUAUUUUGGUUGCGUCGCUGAAAAAGGACUUUGCUAAAGCCCCCCAUUGUAUGUAGGGUGGGGGAGGGGCUGGGGCUGGGAAUCUGUAGUGUCAUUUACGUGAGAUUGAUUGUGUCGCGUGCGUAAAAACCGCCACAACUACAAAUGUGCCCCACGUAGCAAAUUAGAACAACCGAUAUUUGAGCCUUGGUUUUUAUAAUAUAGUCAACUCUUUUUUUAAAAAAAUCGAUACCUACUUAUCUGAAUGGACACCCAGUGUUGACUCCCCAUAAGGCAAACCCCUCUGUUAGUCGCCCACUUAGUGCUGGUACCAGAGGUAUCGACGUAAAAAACGGCGGCUACUGAAUUUCGUGAUCAUAAACAACGAAACUUCAGCGCUUUCCGCUCGCCGUAAACGCUUACGACUAGAUCAUAAAUGACCUUACGUCGUUCAAAUAAAUUUCAAGGUGAGAAAAUCAACCGCGCGCCUUAAUGAUAGCGUUAUACUGAUCUGUUUGGUUUACUGUUUUGCAGGUAUACAGAGCUCCCUCGUGUUGUUCGUGUAGCACAGCUGCCUUCAGUCUUGGGAGACAAGAAAAAGGUUUCUGAAUACUUUUUUGUUUGUUGUUUUUUCUUUGAAGCGUGACUGAGAAUGUAAGGCCUUGUCAUACUUAUAUCCUUAUCUCAAUAGGGAACUAUUUCUCAGUACUUUUCUACCAUGACGUGUCCCGUCUGCCAGGAAUUAACUCCUACGGAUCUCUGCAGUAAAUGUCGAGCCAAACCUCAGAUGUCAGCUGUUACUCUAAUGAACCGAAUGCGCGGAUGGGAACGGACUCACCAGCACUUGUCAGAGGUAAGCUGUGAGGUCAUGCGGGUAACAUUUAACCUAUGUGACUUGUAACAACCUCUCCUUUACUUUGCAGAUCUGUUACAGCUGCAGUGGGUCACGUGAUAGCAAGUUGUGCUGUGUGUCUCUGGACUGCCCUGUUUUUUACAAGCUCGUACAGUGCACACGUGACCUCAAGUCAUCUCAGCACCUAAGAAAGAUUCUGGAAAGCUUUUAACACAGUGAAAUGAUAUAAGUGAUAAAAAGUAUGACCGAUGUAGUUUUCGAGCUGUCUCCAAUAACCUUAUAGGGAACAUUAACCAGCCAGCUAUGCUAUGCAUGAAGAGAAAUUACAAAAACUUCGCCUUGAAUGGAAAAAUAUUAUAGAAUAGUGACAGAUAUAGUAUUAACACAUUACACAUGUGAUAGUAGACAAAGAAAUUGGCUACGGUAAAAUACGACUGCCAAUUUUUUAUAAGUUUUCUAUAUAUUUGAGAAGACUAUUCAAAACACCAAGGAAAAAUAGGAAAUAACUGAGGGCCUAGUUGUCUGAAGCCUGGUGAGCUCCAACCCAAGCCUGCGAAUGUAGCAGCCGUCUUGCGAACCUACGGUCACUCAGGGUCACGUGAUGACGGAAACGCAUUUAGGGUUCUUUUGUCAGCCUCAUUGUUCGCCGACGCACCGCGAAACGUCCCUAGCGCUGGGGGAGCGAUGACAGGCGGCUAUAUUCGUAGACUUCUCUAAUCCUGGGUUAAAGGGGUUGUGUCAUGGUUGGCUAGUUCGUUUUGUUGAUCAGUAAUGCUAAUUACGCGUCCUUAUUCGCUACAAAUGGCAAGAUCACAGCUUUGAGUCAAACAAAUAUCUCUCCCCAGUAUUAUAUCAAACGUUACAAACAACAGAAAUACACUUUGAAAAACUGUUAGGCUAGCAAGUUUUCAAAAACUACAAUUGUAAUCCGUUUCAAUCUUGUUCAAAUUUGUCCAUCCGUGUCUCCUUUUUUAUUUGCGGUAUGUUAUUUGUACCUUCUUUUCAUGUUUGAACUCAAUCUGGUGGCCGUUUCAACGGUCUGAGUUUAGAUAAAUUUUGUGACAUAGCUCAUUUAAUUGUAACCAGCGCAUACGAGUAGUUAUGGUAACUACUUCUGGAUGUCCCCUAAUCGCCUACGGUCAAGGUCUAUUGUGUAAGCAGUGUUUUAAAACAAAGUAAUGAAUAUUUAUAUCUAUUAAUAUUUAUUAUGAGAGGAAUAAAG